AUGAGUAACGAUGCCACACAAUAUGCGCUCAACGCCGGCUUUCAGACCCCGACAUCAGACGAUCAUCGCCCUUGGCUGUGGGUCACCACCCUGCUGUCGCUGAUCUACAGCUUCUUGUGCCUCGCGGCCCGGUUGCUGGCUAAAUGGGACAUGUUCUGGUGGGACGAUGCCAUCUUAGCCGCGGGAUAUACCUUUGCAGUGGUCCACUGGGGCCUCAUUUUCAGCUCCACUGCUAAUGGCCUCGGGGUGGCCGUCGGCGCGAUGUCGCAAUCCUCCUUGGACAUGGCUUCAAAGCUUUACUUUGCUGCCCGUCCGUUCAUUUUCCUCGCCCUAGGUCUCUCCAAACUUUCCCUACUCGUCUUCACGAGGAGGAUCUUCCAGGGCGACUUCCACGGAGAACGGAUCAUCUUCGCGAUCGCAUAUGCCAUCACGGCCAUUUAUGGAAUUGCCUCGAUUUUCCUGAGCUCGGUCGGCUGCCGGCCCACCGAGGUCCUCACCGCGACGCCCGACGCGGUGUGCAACAACAACGCCGCCCGAUGGGCCGUCAUCGUCGCCCUCGAGAUCCUGACCGAGCUCCUGAUCAUCGGCUUCCCGAUCUGGUUCAUCAGCAAGAACGAGCUGCGCGCCUCGAAGAAGAGGAUCGUCGUCUUCGUCUACUCCUUCCGCGUCCUGGUCGCGGCCCUCUCGGUCAUCGGCAUCUUCCUCUACAUCAGCUUCAUCCGCUCCGGCGCGUCGAGCAUCGGCCUGGUCCCCGUCGUCAUCCUGGAGGAAGUCCUCCUCUGCAUGUCCCUCCUCACCGCAUCCAUCCCUUGCCUGAAACCGUUCGUAUGGGCAUUCAUGUCAAGACAUCUCGGCACCAUGUACGGCACCCCGGACCCGUCCCAACAGCAAGCCUCCUACGCCCUGCAAUCCGGCCGACGCGGCCGCACGGACAUGACCUCCGGCACCCACCACCACACGUCACAGGUCCGCAAGGCCUCGCACCUCGGCUUCGACCAACCGACCAGCCCCGCCGGCGGCGUCCUCAAGCUCCGCCCCGAGCGCUCCCAGUACAACGUCAACGUCCACGCCUCCAGCAGCCGCGAACAGAUCAUCGGCGGCUCCUCCUCGACCGCAGCGAGCCAGCGCCGGAGCGCGGAUAGCCUGAGCCCCGGCGGCUCCAUCUCGCACGAAUCCGGCCAUCAUCAUCAUCCCAAUCGGAUGGUGAUCCAUCGGGAUGUGGAUUUCCAGGUGGCGCGGGAGUGA